GUUAUGGACUGAAGAGAAAGAGCAUAAUUUAGUAAAGUCCCGGGCGGUAAACAUGCGCUGGAUCGUAUUGACUGGGUGCCUUGGGAUUUACCUUUACCUUUUAACUUACGCUGCAGGUACUAAUGGAAACCCCCACCUUGCCCAUGUUGAAAAAUAUGAAGUCACUACCCUACAUAGGCUGACCAAAACAAAAAGGGAUGCUUCAUCGGCAGAGAAUCCAUAUCCAGAGAAAUUAAGAUAUGCCUUAAGAAUAGAGGGGAAAAAUUACACUGUCCAUCUUCAAAAAAACAGAAAUCUCUUAUCAAAAGAUUACACUGAGACAUACUACUUACCAAAUGGUACUGAAGUAACCAGAUCUCCAGACAGCAAGGAACACUGUUUCUAUCAGGGCCACAUUGUGGGUGUAAAGGGCUCUUCAGUUAGUGUAAGCCUUUGUCAAGGAAUGAGCGGAUUGCUCAUUGCCGAGCAGCAGAAUGCAUUCUUAAUUGAGCCUCUAAUAGGAGCUAAAGAUGGAGAACAUGCUGUUUAUAGGCAAGAACAUUUGAGGAUGAAACGAGCAACCUGUGGGGAUUCAAAUAUUACCUUUUAUGACCAAGAACCAAAGCUUUCUUCAAUUUUUAAGCCGCAAUACUCGAAAUCAUCUGGCCUUGACAAAGCAAAAAAAUAUGUGGAAAUGUACCUUGUUGCUGACAGAACUGAGUAUGCAAAAUUCAAAAUGGACUUUAACAAGGUUCGCAAUCGAAUGCUGGAAGUGGUAAACCAUGUUGACAAGCUUUAUCGGACUGUUAACAUUCGUGUUGUAUUGGUUGGACUGGAGGUGUGGCAAAAUGACAAAAUUGCUGUCAAUAGAGACCCAGACAUCACCCUCAACAAUUUUCUCAGCUGGCGAAAGUCAGAACUGCUUCCAAGGAAGAAGCAUGAUAAUGCUCAGUUUGUGACGGGAGUUAACUUUGAAGGCAGCACUGUUGGAUUAGCAACAAAAUUUGCUAUGUGCCUUGGUGAUUCUGGUGCAGUUAAUGAGGAUCAUAAUGACAGUCCCCUUGGGGUGGCAUCCACAAUUGCGCAUGAAAUGGGUCAUAAUCUGGGAAUGUCCCAUGAUCAGGAACGAUGCUACUGUCAACACAAAGGCUGUAUUAUGGCAGAUAAAGUUGGGUCGGACUUCCCAUCAACAUUUAGCAGCUGCAGUUACAAUGAACUGCAGCAGUUCUUGAUUCAGUACAGCCCCACUUGCCUACUGAAUGCUCCCAACUCAGAUGAAUUGUAUGGAGGCCCUGUGUGUGGAAAUGAAUUUGUAGAGAAGGGAGAAGAGUGUGACUGCGGAAGCCCAGAGGAAUGCAAGAACCCAUGUUGCAAUGCCACCACUUGCCGGCUGAAAGAAGGAGUUCAGUGUGCGCAUGGGGAGUGCUGCCAGGACUGCAAGAUUAAAGCUGCUGGAGACAUGUGCAGACCAAGUUCUGGUGACUGUGACCUACCAGAAUACUGCAAUGGUGAAUCACCACUUUGUCCAGAAAAUGCUUUCCAGAUAAAUGGCAAUCCCUGCAAAUCUGGACAGGGUUACUGCUUCAACGGAGAGUGUCCCACACACCAGCAACAUUGUAUUACAUUAUGGGGACCAGGUGCACGUGUUGCUUCAGAUUCUUGUUUUCAGCAGAACAUUCUUGGCAACAAGAAUCUUUACUGCAAAAGAACAUCAACCGGGUAUCAAAGAUGUGAUCUGGAGGAUGUUAAAUGUGGAAAGAUACAUUGUGUGGGAGGAAAUGACUACCCCAUCACAAACUCCAAAAUCAUCCAAACCUUAGGCUACGCUAGAGAAAUCAAGUGCAAUAUAGCAACAUCAGAUGAUCUUGAAGAUCCAGGACUGGUUCCCACAGGAACUAAGUGUGGGGAUAAUAAGGUCUGUAGCAACAGCAAGUGUGUAAGUCUGGAUAUAGACAGAAUAAAAGGAUGCUCUGAUAAAUGCAACAACCGAGGGGUCUGCAAUCAUAAAAUGGAAUGUCACUGUGAUGCAGGCUGGGCACCCCCAUACUGUGAUAUUAAGCUAGUAAAUGUGGCAAAAAGCCCAGUUAACAUUGUCAUAUAUAUAUCCAUUGCUGUGGCACUGAUAAUAAUGUUUCUUCUAAUUGCUGGAUUCCUGGUGUAUCGGAAGCAAAGUCCAAAAAUUACUUACCCAUGUAAAAAGAAUGUUAAAUCAGCCUGUAAUUCUGGACUUACAAAUCCACUGUUCCACGAUAGUCAGAACAAAGGCAAACCUCAGAUUUCUACACCUGAAAUCAGCAGGCCUGUUUUUGUAGAGGCAUCAUCACUUCCAGAAGAGUGCCGACCACUUCAAGUAACGGUUAUUCCCAGCCGCCUACCUCCUGAGCCUCCAAAGUCACAGCUAUCUCACAAGAGUACAAAUGCAAACUCAGGAGGACAGAUUAUAAAACCUAAUAUGCCACCACCAGUGCCUCCUGCCAAACCAAACUCUUCAGAGAAAAAGCCAAGCCCUCCAACAAAGCCUCUGCCAACUCUAAAGCCCAAAACGUUGUCCAAGCCUAACCCAUCUCCUCCAGUUCCACCAGUGAAACCAUCAGUUGUCUCCCAUCAGUGGAAUCAGACUCAGGCAGGAAAAAGGCCGAAGGUUGCCUUGUUACCCCCCAGUCAUCCAAGAUGAUCAGGAAAUAGAAGAGUCAUAAGGGCGCUACCGAGUGAGUCAGAACAAAGCCUGGAUGUGUCUGCUUGUCAUUAUGCUCAAGAAGGAGAGAAAAAGAGAGAGAAAGAAAGAGACAGAUUACAUAGAGGAUGGCCACAUCACUAAAUGAACCUCUGCAGACUAUACAGGAUGAAGGCUGUUUUAUAUCUGAAAAGGGAAACUAGAAACAGAAAUCAUAUCAUUCAGGAAACAUUUCAAACCAUUUUGUACGUUUUUGUCCACCAAAGAUUCAUCGCUGCUCGCUUUUCCUGUUCUGCAGUUUGGCUUGCAUUUUCAUUUUCAGGAGUUAAACAAAGAACGUUUGUGUAUGUGGACUUUGCUGAGCUUCUCUGAAAGAUGCUGUCUGCACAAUCUCAAGCAAGUGGGUUAUUAUUCCUGAGUCAGUUUUGGGCAAGAAACAUUUUAGCCACUUUUGUCAAGAGACUGAACGUAGGACUGGGAAUUGACUUGUGCACUAAGAAGUUUUGUGGUGAAAAAAAAAGAAUUAUAGACCACUAUGUAUGGAAAACAAAAAAAAUCACAUGAACUUUAACUGUAAAUCAAACUUGCAGGGAAAUGUGUUCAUUUAUUCUAUUUCUAACAGUGAAAGCUGUUAUAUGCGUAAAGAUUGAUCCAUGGUUACAACAAUGAGCCAGUCACGGGAUUUCAUUAAACCCAUCACCUGGUGGCAACACAUGCUGCCUUUUUUGGCUCUAGACUACACUGCCUGAAAAUGUAAAUUCAUUAGCCUGGAUAAUGUUAAACAACAACAAAACAUUCCUAACUCAAUGUGUCACACAUCUGAAUCAGCCAAAAAAUGAAAGACACUAAAGAGUGAAUGGAAAUGCAAGGCACCCAACAUGCCUCUUAAAAAAUGUAAUCCAAUAUCGGUAACUUAAAUUACACUUGGGUGUUUUUGAGGAAAGACCAACAAAUGUUUUAUACAAUUUUGUACUGUAUAGUAUGUCUUAAAAUGGGAGAAUAUCAGUUUUUUUUUAUUCUUUGUUACAGCACAAAGAUAUUUCCAAAUAUUGUAGUGUUAUUACAAAAAGUGUGCAUCUGAUAUGAACACCGUUCCUUGAAGGAUAAAUUGUGUUUUUUAACAAGAAAUCUUAACUUGAAAAAUGUUACAUUGAUUUUUUGCACUGAAGUCACAAGAAAGUGAAUAACAUUGUGAACAUUACCAUAUUUGCUACAUAUUUAAUGACUUGGAUGUUCAGCAGGGCUGAACUGAAAACGAUGUCAGUUUUUAAGAAUUAGGUUAUCUGUGCCAUUUUAAUAUUAAAUUAUUAGUAGUAUUUAUGUUACUUGCAAUACAAUGAAAUCUUACCAUCUUUCGACAGACUGUUUCAGAUUCAGAAAUCUUUUCUUAGGACUUUGACACUUUUACAGGGUAUCAGCUUAAAACUGUUCAUUUUGUUUUUGUUCUUUGCUUAUUUAUCAAGAAAUAAAUGACCGCAAACAUUA